AUGGAAGGAAGUAAAGUAGAAAAAGAAGAUAUCAUCUGCAUUAUUUGUCAAUGUAUUCCUAAUAAGGCUUUCACUUCUUAAUGUUGUGGAAUAGUAAGCUGCGAUGCAUGCGUAUAAGAUAUGAAGUAAAAUAGAUUAUUCGCUUGUCCUAAUUGUAGAAAUAAACAACCAAAUUUUUAGCUAAAUAUGUAUCUUUAAAAACUGAUAAACAAAUUUCCUAUCCCUUGCAAGUAUGAUUGUGGUUUAAUUUUAUAAAUUUCUGAAAUGCCAUCACACGAAAUAAAAUGUCCUCAAAAAUACAUUUAAUGCAGAUUGUGUUAAUUCAAAGGAAAUAAACAAUCAUUCAUAGAUCAUGCAACAUAAAGUCAUGAAGACUAAAUCCUAAAGCUGUUAGAGUCAAACCCAUAUCCCUAACUAUCAAACUAAAUAGAUGUAUUAAAAGAAAUAAAAAAUGCAGCUGGUUUUACCUGCAAUAUAGGUAUUACUUCAAAGUUUUAUUGUGGAAAGAGUGCAGGAUUUAAAUGCAAUAUUUGUACUGGAGUUUGUGGUCCUAUGAAUGGUUGUAACUGUAUUCACUGCAUGGAAUUAGAUAUAAAAUAUAGAAAACUUGAUAAAGGAGCUCUAGUCAAUGGAGAAGGUAGGAUAGCUUUCUAUAAAAAUGGAUCAUUUUACUGUGGACUUAAAUCAGCAGAUUCCAGAUUAUGUGGAAAAGAUUAUACAUGUCGCCAUUGCACUUCCCUUAACGGAGAUAUUGGUUACUAUAAACGCUUAUUUUAAUGA